CUUGGCGAUAAUUUUCCAAAUUGUUCUGUAUUUCUCGUAAAAGCCCAUAACUGAACUAUGGAACCCAGCCUUAUUUCAAUAUUUUUCUGGCGUAUUGCCGUGCAAUGGCUAUAUCCAUAUAGCUAUAUGAAUUCUGAUAUUCAGGAAGUUCUCGGUGCUGAUUAUUCCUAUUGGGUCAAAAGUUACCAAGAACGUUUUGAGGAGCUGAAUCUACUGCUCAUACGAGAAACUAUAAAAAACUUGAUGGUUUCCGUGCUGCUUAUUGAAACGCUAGACUUCAUGCGUAGGGGCAUAAUGCUAUAGACUACAUAUACACGUCUUUUGUUUGAUACUUUAUUUGAUUAUUUUAUUGACUAUCAAAAGUAAACAGGCAAACACAAGAAAAUAUCGCGU